AUGGAACACGAAUGGGAUGAUUUUGAUGUGAAUUAUCCUGAGCACGUUAUGAAGGAUAUAGAACGCCUGGAAAAGGCGUAUAUUGAACGAGAGCAGGAGAGAGCAAGGCGGCUGGCGAAAGCCAAAGAGAAACAAACAAGCUCAGAAUCUGGGACCACUGAGGGUCACCAGAGUGCAGCAAACGAAACGGAGAACGGUGAACAUAGCUCAGAAACUGGGACCAGUGAGGGUCGCCAGGAUGCAGAAAGCGAGUCAGAGAACGGAGAACCAGCCGGCACAACUCGUAAAGCCCCUAAAUUACAUAGUCAUAGAUUAAGUAAUCCCCCCUCUAACCCCGGACCUUCAUCUGUCUCACCACAUUCAGAAUUUCCAUUUUUAGAUAAUCUCCCUUCAACCUCUUCAUCUCACGAUUCUUCUCAUUUAGUAAAUAAUGCUCCCUCUACCUCCUCUGACCCCGGACCCUCUUCUGCAUCACAGGACUCUGGUUCUACAGAUGAAGACUUAGACUACGACCCUGCUUUAUAA